AUGGGCGUCCCCGCAUAUUUCGAGCUAAGCUGGUCGAUUCUAAGCACCAUUGGCUUGUUUCUGACCGUCAUCGGGGUCUGGGCCAUCCUCAUCACUCGCGUGUCUCCCCUGCACCUCGUGCCAAUCAUUGUCUCCAUCGCCUGCGCCAUCGCCAAUGGCCUCUGCUACUACGCCUUUUAUGCCGACUACCCAAUCCGGCAGCAAGCCGUUGCGAGCGUCUUUGCCGAUAUAUUCUGGCUGAUCCAAGAAGCCGGCCUCUCGUUCUACAGCUACCAAAUCCUCGUCCACACCCUCAAGGACCGCGCCCUCCUCAUCUUCCGCUUCACCUUCUGGUCGCUGAUGACCUGCAUCGUGGCCAUCCGCAUAGCCAUCGCCGCCACCCGCGCCGUCCAGAUCGCUACAAAUGAACCCUCCCAACAACGCGUCGACUACCUACACGUCGGCUACUUUACCGCCAUCGCUCUAGUCGAAACCACCAGCGCCGCAUUCCUGAUCCGCCUUCUCCGCGACGCAUACGUCACGUCCCCCUGGAGCUCGCCAACCCACGAUCUCUUCCGACACCUGCUGCAGUCCACCGAGAUCCGGCUCGCCAGUCUAUGCUGCAUCGGUAUCCUGCGCGCUGUCACGUCCUCGCUAAGGACGACCGCGCAGAGCGCGACCACCGUCGCGGGCGAGAUUGAUCGGUUCGCGUAUACACUCGAGUGUCUGUUUCCGGUCAUUUUCAUUAUUGAUAUUCUUGCGUCCAAGCGGUUCCGCUUUGAUAAUCAUAGUCUCAUCUACUGUAGUGAUCCGCCAGAUGGCCAUCCUGGUUGGCCCGGGCAUCCUACGAGGCGGCAGUCGCGGUGGGCGGCUAUGUCGCCUGGGCAUUCGUAG